AGCUCAAAAAUUCCUACAUUUAUUUCUCUCUCGCGUAUUACUUUUUCCAGUCAAAUAUUAAUGACAAUUAAUUCCAAUUUCAUCUUGUUCGAUCUUUUUCUUCUUCCCUCGACGACUCUUGUCUUCCUUCGAUUGUUCGAUUCUUCGAUUGCGCACAAGAGAGUCAAUAUCAAGGAGAGACACCUUCGGUAAAUUUGUUUUUUAUGAAUCUGUACAACCGGUGACGGUUCGACGACAAUUCGACGACGACAAUUCGACGACGACAAUUCGACGACGACAAUUCGACGACGACAAUACGAGCAAUAUAUUAAGAAAGGAUAAUUACUAAUUAACUUUUCUUUCCUCUAAUUUUCCUAUUUUUAUAUUUCAUGCGAUUUAUUUUUCCUUUUCUUUCAUUCUUUUGACUUAAUCGAAUCGAUCGUUUUUCGAGAGUAAGAUGUUAAUACCGUUGAUUUUAUUCAUCGGCACGAUCAUCGGAUCGAGCGUUUCUAUCGCUGAGGAUUGCAAAGGUUGCGUCCCUUUGGAUUCAUAUUCCUUUGACAAGGUGAUAGCCAAGUUUAAGGCAGUUGUUGUUAAAUUUGACGUUGCAUUCCCAUACGGAGAAAAACACGAACAAUUUGGAAAGAUAGCUGCAACUACUAAAGAUUCUCAAGAUCUUUUAGUUGCAGAAGUUGGCGUUAAAGAUUUUGGCAACAAAGAUAACGCAGAUUUGGCUAAGCGUUAUAACAUUAAGAAAGAAGAUUUUCCAGUCGUUCUAUUGUUUUUACAAGGAAAAACAGAACCUCUUAGGUUUGUCGCAGAAAAGGAUGUUGAUUUUACUGCGGACAAUAUUAAACGAUUCAUUAAAUCAAAGUCGGGCGUAUAUCUUGGAUUACCAGGUUGCGUAGAGCAAUUGGAUAGGCUCGCUGAAGAAUUCAAAAGCAGCGCAGAAAAUGAUAGACAAGAAAUUUUAUACAAAGCUAAGGUUUUCGAAGAAACAUUACCAGAAACGCAACGUGCAGCUGCUAAGGUGUAUGUUAAAAUGAUGGAAAGAAUAUUGGAGAGAGGAGACAUAUUCGUUCAAACGGAACAAACGCGUCUGGAGGGCCUUCUAAAAGGAAAAUUGUCAAACGAUAAGAAACGUACAAUGGAAGAAAGGAGAAACAUUUUACAAUCAUUUACGCACAGGGACGAGUUGUGAACAAUUUCUUACAUAAUAUGAAUUUCCUCCAAUAUAUUAAAAAAUAUUCAAAAAAUA